CCCGCUGGCCCCGGCCGCGGCCUCACUCGGUCGUACAUUUCCCUACCCCGCGCUCCGCAGCGAAGGCGCCAUGGAGCGACCGGCGCCCCUGGCUGUGCUGCCCUUCUCAGACCCUGCGCACGCGCUGAGCUUGCUGCGCGGCCUGAGCCAGCUCCGCGCCGAGCGCAAGUUCCUGGACGUGACCCUGGAGGCGGCGGGCGGGCGCGACUUCCCGGCGCACCGAGCUGUGCUGGCGGCCGCCAGCCCCUACUUCCGCGCCAUGUUCGCCGGGCAGCUGCGCGAGAGCCGCGCCGAGCGGGUGCGCCUGCAUGGCGUGCCGCCAGACAUGCUGCAGCUACUGCUGGACUUCAGCUACACUGGCCGCGUGGCCGUGAGCGGCGACAACGCCGAGCCGCUUCUGCGCGCCGCCGACCUGCUACAGUUCCCGGCGGUGAAGGAGGCGUGCGGCGCCUUUCUGCAGCAGCAGCUAGACCUGGCCAACUGCCUGGACAUGCAGGACUUCGCCGAGGCCUUCAGCUGCGCGGGGCUGGCGAACGCGGCGCAGCGCUUCAUUCUGCGCCACGUGGGCGAGUUGGGCGCCGAGCAGCUGGAGCGGCUGCCGCUGGCGCGCCUGCUGCGCUACCUGCGCGACGACGGGUUGUGCGUGCCCAAGGAGGAGGCCGCUUACCAGCUGGCGCUGCGCUGGGUGCGCGCCGACCCGCCGCGCCGCGCAGUACACUGGCCGCAGCUGCUCGAGGCCGUGCGUCUCCCCUUCGUGCGCCGCUUCUAUCUGCUGGCGCACGUCGAGGCUGAGCCGCUGGUGGCGCGCUGCCCUCCCUGUCUGCGCCUCUUGCGCGAGGCGCGCGACUUUCAGGCGGCGCGCUACGACCGCCACGACCGCGGGCCCUGCCCCCGCAUGCGCCCACGCCCUUCCACCGGCCUCGCUGAGAUCCUCGUUCUCGUGGGAGGCUGCGACCAGGACUGCGACGAGUUGGUCACCGUCGACUGCUACAACCCACAGACGGGCCAGUGGCGGUACCUGGCCGAGUUCCCUGACCACCUGGGCGGAGGCUACAGCAUCGUAGCGCUUGGCAACGACAUCUACGUGACGGGUGGGUCCGAUGGCUCCAGGCUGUACGACUGCGUGUGGAGGUACAACUCGAGCGUGAACGAGUGGACAGAGGUGGCGCCCAUGCUGAAGGCCCGCGAGUACCACAGCUCCUCUGUGCUGGACGGGCUGCUGUAUGUGGUGGCUGCGGACAGCACGGAGCGCUACGACCACACCACCGACUCCUGGGAGGCCCUGCAACCCAUGACCUACCCCAUGGACAACUGCUCCACCACCGCCUGCCGCGGCCGGCUCUACGCCAUCGGCUCCCUGGCCGGCAAGGAGACAAUGGUGAUGCAGUGCUACCACCCAGACACGGAUCUGUGGUCGCUGGUGGACUGCGGCCAGCUCCCGCCCUGGUCCUUUGCCCCCAAAACAGUGACUCUGAACGGACUCAUGUAUUUCAUCAGGGACGACUCUGCCGAGGUGGACGUGUAUAACCCCACGAAGAACGAGUGGGACAAGAUCCCAUCUAUGAAUCAGGUGCACGUGGGGGGCAGCCUGGCCGUCCUCGGAGGGAAGCUGUACGUCUCAGGGGGUUAUGACAAUACGUUUGAACUGUCGGACGUGGUGGAGGCCUAUGACCCUGAGACUCGGGCGUGGAGCGUGGUGGGCCGGCUCCCAGAGCCCACCUUCUGGCACGGCAGUGUCAGCAUCUUCCGCCAGUUCAUGCCGCAGACGCCCUCAGGUGGGCGUGGCUUUGAGCUAGACAGCAGCACCGGCGACAUGGACGUGGGCCGGCCCCGGCCGCCCCAGAACCCCCAGGAGCUGCACUAGCCCCGGCCUGGCCCAGGGAGGGCCUCGGUGCAGGUGACCGGCACCUCAAGGGGCGACGACCCCCUCCUUUGUGCUCCAGGACAGGUUGGGUGCACCAGGUGGUACGGGCACUCUUGGGCUGCUGAGCGAGCCUCAGGGCCUGAUGCCGGGGUGGUUCUGUUCACUGGGAACCCAAGUCACAGCUGCUGGAGCCGGGGCCAGUUGCGAACGCCCCUCUCUUCGACCAGGAAGGGCUGCCUCCCUGCUGGCUGCAAAAGGUCAAACUCCCCUCCUCCCCCAGAGUUGCCCCUCUCCCAGCACCGACUGACUUGCUCCCACCAUGGGAGAGGAGGGCCACUUCUGGGGCAUGAGUGGAGGGGGACAGGUCCCCCCACGAGCAUCAGAACGACCUUCCUGCAGGCCCUGCCACCCUGGGUGUUGGGAACCAGGCCGACGAUGGCUGCAGCAGGGUCCCAAGUUCUCCGCCCAGUGCCAGCCAUCUCCCCAGAUGAAGGGGGUCGCACACCAAAGCACCCUCGCAGGGUGGACCUCCAGCUGGGGAGCUCAGAUGCAGGGGCGCAGGACGAUGGGACCUGGGUAGCCACGCAGGGGGCCCAGAGGGACGUGCCCGGGGUCUGCUGUCUCCGGUGGCCUGGGCUGAGGCAGACACUGGCCGCUCCCACCUACCCCACUCCAGCCAGCCCGUCUCCAUGCUCCUCUUGCCCCUGUGGGACCCCUCCGGGUCCGUUGGGGUGCGACGGGGCGAAAGCCUGCAAGUACAAGGUCGCCGCUCCUGCCUGGGCGGCCCAGGGAGCCUGCCUUCGGGGCCUGGCCAGGCAGGCGGCUGCGGGCGCCCUUGCCAGCCUGUGGCCCGGAACCCCGCCGCUCCUGAAGCAGGCCCUGGGCGGAUUGGCCUUGUGGGGGAGCUGCAGGGUCUGAAACGCGGUUUGGCCUUUGCUUUAAAGAAGGAGGCAGCCGGGAGCGGGGUCUGCCGCGAUUUGCGCUCCGUCGCAGGGCCUCUGCGGGCGCUUUCGGCAGGGGGCCUGGGGUGGGGCUCCGGGGGCCCCGCAGUGCAGGGGUCUUUUCCCCUGGGACCUGGAGCCGUUUCCUGGGUUGGGUGGCCAUGUCCCCCCAAGGUACCGAGCAUAGCUUUGCUUUAGUUCAUUUUCCUUCCAGAGGCGGGGGUGUUUGCAUUUUCCUCAUUAGAGGAGUUGAAAGUAAGUGCUCCCUGAGCAGCCUUUCCCAGUGAACUGACGAGAAGCAUCCUCACCAGGAGGAGCAGGGGCCAGGCGGCCAUGGUUCUGGGGAGGAAGCCUUGUGAUCUUCAGGGCCCCCGCGUGGGUCCUCCCGUGGGUGGUGUCGUCACUCCAGGUUAGACAGGGUCCAGACAGCCUGCCGGAGUGGCCUCUGCUCACCGCCAUCCCUCCCCGUCCCCUCGGGCUCCUCACUCACCUGGUCACUCGUCGGCACCCUCCCGCGGGCUCCUGCCUUCAGCCCUCCAGGCCUGAGUGUUCUCCUGGGCGAGUCGGGUCCGGUCUGGCCCCUCCACAGCCCUCACUCCACUUCCUGGGGCGGCCGUGGCCUGCGGCCCAGCUGCCUGCCUGGCGGGCCCUCCCGUGCUGUGGGGUGGCUGCUCCCUGUUCCCGUGCAGGCAGGACAGCCUGUGACCUGUCAGUGGCAGGGGACAGCGGGCAGGGCCAGCCUGCUGGGGAUUGAUCGAGCCCUGCUCAUACACCAGGCACUGAGCUCGGUGCCAGAGGCCGCCCUGCUAGGUUAGUGUUGGGACUUGCCACCCGGGUGGCGGUGGCUGGUGUGACAGGUCAUCUCAGGGCCUCCAGGGGAAGGUUGUGUGGAGGCCUUGGACUCGGGCGCUGCGGGCCCCCUUCCUCAGGGCUGCCUCCACGGAGAGCCCUUGGCCAACCCGAGAGACUGACAUUUUGCGGAGGGUGGACGUGCGCUGUGGCCGCUGGGGCGCUGCUCCUCUCCGUCCAGGCGGGCGUGGCUGUGGCCCAGUCAUGGUCAAGUUUUCCCUGGGCAGUGAGGCAUUAUGUGAAGCUUUGUGGUUGAGACGGGGCUGCCAAUGCUCGUUUCUUGCAAAACCAGCCUUUUCCGGGCCCUCCCUGUAGACGCUCUCAUGGCGGGGGACCAGCAUCCUGGGUUCUUCCUCGGUUCUUCACUGUGACUGCCCUCGCAGGGCCGACCACCCCACCGCCUCAUGGUGGCCUGGGUGGCGGCUGCCGUGGAGAGAGGGCUGGGUGUGCUGCCUCCUCUGGGUCCCCACCACCCAGGUCCCGUCUUUGGUUUAAAAGACUAAGGGUGGGAAGGGGAAGCAGCAGCCUCCCACUGGAGGAGGACUAGGGGCGGCCCCCCAGAAAGGUCGGCACCCCCAGGCACAGAUCCCGGCUGCGGGGCCCCGCCACUUGCCGACGUCUACACUGACCUGGGGGCAGAGGGUGGGGCCGGCUGGGGGUGCGACUGCGUCUGUGUGUUGGACGCACACACCUUGAUGUGUCUACAAGACAAUUAAGUUAUGAGAGUUCAGUGAUAGUAUUUAAUGCUGAUCUACGACGUACUGUGUAUUUAUGACUCAGACACCCUCCGGUGUCCUGCACCCAGGGGUCAACCCGAGGGUGGGCAGGUUUGCGUAUUUAUUUGUCUGUUCUGUAGGCCUGUGUCCAGAAUCCUGUCAGGUUUUAGGAUGCCUUCAAUGUGUACUUUUUGAAAUAAAAACGUUUCCUAU